UCUGAUCAGUAGAUGGUUUGCACGAACAGCUUUCUAGCUUGACUGGGUAUACAUGCUUCACUUUUCCUGAACGCUGUGUCGAGUAGUAAAAUCGUAUCUUCGUCAGAUAAAAUGGCGAGUUGGAUUUCAGAGAAUUCGUCCACUCGUGCCUACAUUCGUGUGCAUCGGAUACACAUGAUUCGGGUUGUUAUAUUGAUGGCCGUUUUGCUAGUCCUUGGUGGAGCAAGUGUGAACUCGCUACAUCUGACAAUGGUCACAAGCCCGUCAUUUGUAAUCAGUUCGGAGAGGUCACAUGUGGAGAUUUACGUCGCCUGUUACCGCAGUGGUCCCGACAAGGAUGUUAGACUGAGCUAUGGAAGGCUUCCCGUACACCUGCCAGGAGCUGGGAUAGAGUCAAUUACCUCCUUCCCAGAUGGUACAAUCAGUGCAGAAUACGAUGGACAAACAUUCAAGCACUUGCCUAUGAACGACAAUUCAACAGGGUUAUAUUACUGCGAGGGAUCAAAAGGAGACCAGACGACACGGGUGUACGGCAGUAUCUUAAAUGCACUUAGCUGGUUUUACCAAGGCAGUUGGGAGGAAUUAAUGCUGACGAAGACAAUCAACAAAGGAGAAUAUGCCACUCUGUUUGUGGAGAAGAGACGCUCCGGGAGUACCCGAUAUGCUUCAUGGUAUCGGAUCAGUCAUGGUGUUGCUACCAAUUCAACUGAGUAUUACGGACUAACUGCAGUCACGAUACCUCCCAGCCAGGCCAAGCAUGGAGACGUGUAUGCUGUUGUGGAUUCUACUGAUUCACUUAGUGAUAACAAGUUCACCUUGAUAAGACUCAUCGUAAGAGGCUGUGUUGCAGGCAAGUGGGGUCCUCCUGGCUGUGGUGGUGUCUGUGAUCUGUGCUACAAUGGAGGAGUGUGUGAUGAUAAGACAGGAGAUUGCAUCUGCCCACCAGGAUUCAUGGGACCAAACUGCCUCACAGUUUGCCCAAUCGGCUCAUUCGGCUGGGAUUGCGAGUAUAGAUGUGUUAGUGAUCAGCUUUUUAGUUGUUAUGAGACUCAAUUUGGUUUACCAGAUCCCUUCGGAAUCACCUGCAUCAGCGGGUUGGGUGGCUCUUUAUGCCAUAAUGGGUGUCCUUUUGGACGCUUUGGUGCUGGAUGUCUUCAGCAAUGUCACUGUCUUUAUACCAGUGCUGGAUGUGACCGAUUUACUGCGGUGUGCGACUUCGGUGGCUGUGCGGAGGGCUGGUCUGGUACAAAUUGUCAAAUUCCAGACGUAUGUCCCGUUGGUUACUAUGGUCUGAACUGCGUGAGUAAGUGUCACUGUUACAACAAUGCAGCCUGUGACAAGUACACUGGAUACUGCAGUGUGGGAUGCGCCCCAGGAUUCACCUGUGUAUCACGGCAAUGUGAGCCAGGUUACUUUGGUGAAGACUGCAGUCAGGGAUGCCGCUGUCUGUAUGAUAGAAGAUGUGAUGGUAUCACUGGUUACCGUCCAAGCGUGAACUGUCUUCAACAGUUUCAGACGGAUGGGACUGGAACAUGUCAGUUUGUUCUACCUGUUUUAAGCCAGCCUCCCGAGGUGAUAGUACAAUCAACAUCGGCAAUUGUCUUCUGGAAGGCGUGGGGCUCUCACCCCAUGGAUGCUGGAGAUGGGCCUAUCAUCGGGUACACAAUCUACCGCUCCAAUCAUUCAGCGACCACUAAUUCCUGGAUUCGAGCUGGCUACGUUUCGGCGUCGUACCAGCCCCCGAUAGCCUUUAGCUUUGAGACUGAUUCCUUGCAACAGUUGACAGUGUAUAACUUCAGCGUGGCCGCGGUGCGUGAGGGGAAAGGAGGGGAAGGUUCACGGAGCCCUGAAACGACUAUCGAGACGAAACCUAUAGCUAUGGAAUCCGUCGGUCCUGCAGCGACAACUGCUGGAUCCAACGUUGGUCUGAUUGCCGCUGUCUGUGUACUUUUUGCUCUUAUUCUGAUCGUGGUGGUCGUGGAUUAUCUGAGAUUCCGAAGGCUAAGCAGACGCUGGCGUGCCAAGAAUCAGCCCACAGAGGACGCCCUCAACAUGGUGGUCUUUGACAAUCCCGUGGCCAAAGAGGAAACAUCAAGAAUGUCAGAGCACGUGGAGGGCUGUGAAGACGUAGAAAACGCCAAGGAUUGCAGCUUGGACUCUGCGUACAAGGAUGUGGCUCAGCCUUGGACUGAUUCCUUGACCAUUCCGAUUGACCGGUUGUCGAUUGGUUACAAAGUGGUAGGCACCGGUCACUUCGGGGAGGUGCGUUUGACCACCUUGUGGUUAGAGGACGGACAGUCCAAAGCUGCCGUCAAGCAGCUGAAGUCGAACUCGUCUAAAAGUGACAGACGCAGAUUCAUGGAAGAAUAUUGAAUUCUCAAGGCCGAAAUUGGAGAUCAUCCGAACAUCCUCAGCAUCCUCGCAGUUUGCUCCUUUGAAGGUGUUGUGUAUGUGGCCCUGGAGUACCAGCCGAAUGGUGACCUGCGUUCCUACCUGAGAAAUGCACGAUCCCCGGCGGACGAUAGUCGUUCGUCCUUGUCGGCUGUGAUACUGCUUCAGUUUGCUGUGGGCGUGGCCAAAGGAAUGCAGCAUGUUGCUGCAUCUGGAGUAAUCCAUCGUAAGUUGUCGGCACGAAACAUUCUUCUGGAUAAUAACCUGGUUGCCAAGGUAUCCGGGUUCGGACAAGCAAGAUGCACGGAUGCCAUAGUCGAGAAAUCCAAGGUGUCUCUUCCUCCACGCUGGCUGUCUUUGGAGUCACUGAAAACCAACACCUACACCUCAAAGAGCAACGUGUGGUCCUUUGGAAUUCUCCUAUGGGAAAUCGCAAGUCUGGGCGCGACGCCAUACUGUGGCAUUAAAUCUGCUAGCUUGGCGACAAGGUUCGAGAAUGGAUACCGCAUGCCUAAGCCUACCAACUGUCAUGACGAAAUCUACGAACUGAUGCUGCAGUGUUGGCAGGAGGAUCCCAAUGACCGACCUCCAUUCAAGAAACUGGCAUUGGUCCUGAAAACGAUGGAUCACAGCCACAACAAGCAAAGAUACAUGCAGAUGCUUCCAAUGUCUGAGUCCAAGCAUUACUUGACCAUCCAACCUGAUCAGGAUGACAACUAGGAUAAAAUCUGAAGACGAGGAGAGAUGAAGAAAUACGCUAACCAUCAAAAUUAUGUUUGUUGGCAAGAAUCGUAUUUCACGGAAAUAUUGAGCACGCGUGAAGUUAUUGUUCUCCCCAUCAUUAAUGCAGAUAAUUAGACGCAUCUUCAUAUGAUGUGAUAUAACCUUUAGGUGGUGGAUGUUAACAUUUGGAGAAAAUUAAUAUAAAUCUGGUGUUAAUUGCUGUAUUUUAUCAUUAAAAAUUCUUAAACUCAUGUUGUUAUGGUGUUUGUUGGUAAAAAACCACAAGUGCGUGUGGUCAGAACAAAAUCUAUUACAAAACGUAUUCACUGGUCACAUGUAUAUUUUUUGUAUCAUGUCAAAAGUAAUAUGUGUUGUUUUUUAUCCACGGUUUUUAACGUAGGCCUAAAAAGUAGUUUAUAAGCAAUUGCUGUAUUGAAUCGGUGGUAGUGUUGCAUGUUGACAAUGCUUUGAGAAAGGUGUUCUUUUAUGCGUUUUGUUUUCUUAAAUUUGUAGGUGCAUAGUCAAAAGUGUUUUAAACUAAAGACAAUUUCAGGAAUAGACUUACUUUGAAAAUUGUUUCGCAUUUCCCAUAUAUUGACAACAUCUAGACAUUUGUAAAGUUUUCCAAAUGAUGAAUUACACUGAACGCACAGUUUGACGGCACUGCCAAGCACGCGGUUAUUAUCACGGAAACCGAAGCACUAAGCAGUGAGCACAGCCAAAGCUUGCUUGACCCCCGAGGAUAAAAAGUUGCUUAAGAAAUCAGUGACGUAACACUAAAAAUGUGCAUGCACGCGCAACCAUUGGCAUAUCUACAAAACGGUGCUUAAGGUGAACACAGUUUUCUGCUAUAGGAAGCACUACUUUUCUGCUAACUGUUAAGCAGAGUAUUAAGCCAGACGCAAUGUAAAACUAACGCUUGUCAAUGAUAUCAUGUUAACCCUCCAAUGCAAAUAGAAAUAUCCCCAAAAUAAAUGAGGGACGCGUAGUGCAGUUUAGAGUAGAUUUAAAAAAAAAUACACAUACGCCCUCGAGUUAUUUACUGUCUAGACAUAAUAAACCAACUCGAGAUCGGAACAUCGUUGCUAAUAAAAACCAUUAGUAUCAUAAAUAUAAGUAAUGUCAUUUAUCCAACAUGCUUCACUCGGGCAUAAAUCCUGGGAGGAUUGGCGGGGGGG